GACAGGGAGCGGAGGAAAGGCACCGAGUACGGCGCGACCCCGAGAGCAGGGCAGCUGUCGGGGGAGGAAGGGUCUGCGGGGUGGAGACCUUGAAGCAACUCCUCCGGGGAGGGGCCGCGGCCGCCCUGCCCCCCACAGCAGGUCUGGGACCGGAGUCCGAGCUGAGGACCCUCGGAGCGAAGGGUUCAGCGGGAAAGUGCAAGUUCCCUUAAGCAAAAUGGGAUGGAGAUUUCAGAUUUUGCAGCCUAAGGAACAUUUUCCAGGGGAGACUGCCAGUGCAGCCACCUUGGCAACCAAGAUCCUGAUCCAGAGUCACAUAUCCACAGACUGGAGUACUGGUGGGCCACAGUCCUCAAAUACCUUCUCAAGACAGGUUGUAAAAGUUAACAUGAACAAACUACGGCAAAGCUUCAGGAGAAAGAAAGACGUUUAUGUCCCAGAGGCCAGCCGUCCACAUCAGUGGCAGACAGAUGAAGAAGGAGUCCGCACUGGAAAGUGUAGCUUCCCAGUUAAGUACCUCGGCCACGUAGAAGUUGAUGAGUCAAGAGGAAUGCACAUCUGUGAAGAUGCCGUAAAGAGAUUGAAAGCUGAAAGGAAGUUCUUCAAAGGCUUCUUUGGAAAAACGGGAAAGAAAGCAGUGAAGGCCGUUCUGUGGGUGUCAGCGGAUGGGCUCAGAGUUGUGGAUGAGAAAACUAAGGACCUCAUAGUUGACCAGACAAUAGAAAAAGUUUCAUUCUGUGCCCCAGAUAGGAACUUUGACAGAGCCUUUUCUUACAUAUGUCGUGAUGGCACCACUCGGCGAUGGAUCUGUCAUUGUUUCAUGGCUGUCAAAGACACGGGGGAAAGACUGAGCCAUGCCGUGGGCUGUGCUUUUGCAGCCUGUUUAGAGCGUAAACAGAAGCGGGAGAAGGAGUGUGGCGUCACUGCUACUUUUGAUGCCAGUAGAACCACUUUUACAAGAGAAGGAUCAUUCCGUGUCACAACUGCCACUGAGCAAGCCGAAAGAGAGGAGAUCAUGAAACAGUUGCAAGAUGCCAAGAAAGCUGAGACAGACAAGACAGUUGCUCCAUCAGUGGCUCCUGGCAACACUGCUCCAUCCCCAUCCUCUCCCACCUCUCCCACUCCGGAUGGCACUGCAUCUUCAGAAAUGAACAAUCCCCAUGCUAUCCCACGCCGGCAUGCACCAAUUGAACAGCUUGCUCGUCAAGGCUCUUUCCGGGGAUUUCCUGCUCUUAGCCAGAAGAUGUCACCCUUUAAACGCCAGCUGUCCCUACGCAUCAAUGAGCUGCCUUCCACUAUGCAGAGGAAGACUGAUUUCCCAAUAAAAAACACAGUGCCCGAGGUGGAAGGAGAGGUCGAGAGCAUCAGCUCCUUGUGUUCCCAGAUCACCAGUGCCUUCAGCACGCCCUCUGAGGACCCCUUCUCCUCCGCCCCAAUGACCAAACCAGUGACAUUGGUGGCACCACAGUCUCCUGUGUUACAAGCUAAUGGCACUGACUCAGCCUCCCAUGUGCUUACUGCUAAGCCAGCCAAUACUGCUCUAGCACCCGUAGCAAUGCCUGUCCGUGAAACCAACCCUUGGGCCCAUGUCCCUGAUGCUGCUAACAAGGAAAUUGCAGCCAUACAUCCGGGGACUGAGUGGGGUCAGUCUUCUGGUGCUGCCUCUCCAGGUCUCUUCCAGGCUGGUCACAGACGCACUCCCUCUGAAGCUGACCGCUGGUUAGAAGAAGUGUCAAAGAGUGUGCGGGCCCAGCAGCCGCAGGUCUCAACUGCCCCUCUGCAGCCAGUUCUCCAGCCGCCUCCACCCGCCGCCAUUGCCCCUCCAGCACCUCCUUUCCAAGGACAUGCCUUCCUCACGUCCCAGCCUGUGCCCGUGGGUGUGGUCCCACCCCUACAACCAGCCUUUGUCCCUACCCAGUCCUACCCUGUGGCCAACGGGAUGCCCUACCCAGCCUCUAAUGUGCCUGUAGUGGGCAUCACCCCAUCCCAGAUGGUAGCCAAUGUGUUUGGCACUGCGAGCCACCCUCAGACCACUCAUCCACAUCAUUCGCCAAGUCUGGCCAAGCAGCAGACAUUCCCUCAAUAUGAGACAAGUAGUGCUACCACCAGUCCCUUCUUUAAGCCUCCUGCUCAGCACCUCAAUGGUUCUGCAGCUUUCAAUGGUGUAGACAAUGGCGGGCUAGCCUCAGGAAACAGGCAUGCAGAAGUCCCUCCAGGCACCUGCCCAGUGGAUCCUUUUGAAGCUCAGUGGGCCGCACUAGAAAGCAAGUCCAAGCAGCGUACAAAUCCUUCUCCUACAAACCCUUUCUCCAGUGACUUACAGAAAACGUUUGAAAUAGAACUUUAGGCAGUCUCUGUGACAGGUGUUUUCUGUACUUAGGCAAGAGCAGGGGGUGGAGGGCAAAGGAGCAAAGGGGACUUUGCUUUCCAGAUCAGCACACUUUUCACUAAUCCCAGAGGUCCCAAAGAGCAAGUCCAAGCACAGUCCAGCAAGGGGUGACGUCCACAGAAGUGAGGCAAGCCUCCCUGGAGAGGACUGCCCUGCAGCUAGGCUAGAGAAGUCAAGGAAACCUGGCCUUCUGGCCCCUCUGACCCUAACAAAUCUCUGGCAACAGAGAGGCAGAAGAUCUGAAGAGGAAUCUGUAUUGAAAGCACAUUUACUGGAAUAUGAAACAUAACAGAAGCAAAACAAUCUCCCUUUAUUUUCAGGCCAGCCACCCGUUCCUCCCAGUCCUGGGCUGUCUCAGCGAUCGCUCGAUGGGGACAGUGUGGCUGGGUGAAGCCAGGCAGGCUGUGCUGCUGGGUUCACGGGAGGGCACAGCAGCAGCUGCCCAGUAGAGCUGUAGUCUGGGGAUAAAGCUGAGCUUCCAUUUUGAGUUACAGAAUAAAUAUUAUAAAUAUAUAUAUAUAUAUCAAAAAGCCAAAAUCUUUAUUUUUAUGCACCUAGAAUAUUUUAAAUAGUUCUCAAUAUUAAAAAGUAUGAGUUGUAAGUAAUCUUGCCAAAAGUGAGCGGGUUAGAUGUAAGAAAUUGUACAUAAGAUUGAUUUAUCAUUGAUGCCUAUUGAAGUAAAAAAGAGGAAGGGUUGGAAGUUGUAGGCAGGAGCCCUGGCUUGUUUGUGACCAUUCAUGUUAACUAGCACACUGCAAAAUGGUCAUACUGAUGACCCGUGCAGUCACUAGAUAGUAGUUUUAAUAAGAUGAGCAAGCAGUGUUGUCCUGGUUUUAAACCUAUGGUGAAAUUCUAAUGUCAUCAUUUGAAUGGAAUCAAAUCUAUGCUCUAGAGAAUGUAUGUUGAAUCCUUUACAUAUCAUUGCAAUUUCCUUAUGUUAAUCCUUUAGCAUUACGGUGACAAUGACAUAAUCAUAUCCAGAAAAGGGAACGCAGGCUAUUGUGUCGGUUUGUAAUGUGGGUCUUAAUGGGUUCUGUCCUUGAAGUUUUGUUCCCAUAAGUUUUACAGGGAUGAGAUUCUGGUUUAUGUGCUGUGUGUGUCUGUGUCCCCUUCUGCCCCAACCAUGAACAGAACAUCCCAUGCCAGUUGCAGCUACUUGACCAUGGGUAACAACAUGAGACCCCAUCUCAUUUUUACUUUGAACGUUGGCCUUACAAUCAAAUGUAAGUUAUAUAUACAUAUAUAUAUAUAUAUAUAUUUGUACUGAUGAGAAUUUAUAAUCUGCUUUAACAAAAAUAAAUGUUCGUGGUAGAGUUUUUGCCCAUGAAGGGCUGUUCUUAUUUGCAAAUG